AUGCCGAUGUUUCGAAGCGCUGCCCCUGGCUCACUGGCGGUGCCGCUUACCACUUCCACCAGUGGUCUCAGCCCCGACCAGUUGGGCAUCCUUCUCCAGAAUCUGCAGCACAGCCUGGACCAGCGCGGUGCUUCUCGCCUUACCAUUGGCUUUGCGCUGGCCCUGGCCUUGCAAACAAGUGGCUCCAUCGAACCUACGGGGAACACGUCCAGGGGCAGCUGUCCUUCAACAACCCUGAUUGCUAAGCUGCUGCUUCCGGCGGUGACUUUGUGCCUGACGCCAUUGUACGCGAAGCGGUUGUGCGAUGUCCCUUUGGCACAAAACCUAUCUCACCAUCAGGGUCCUGAGGCAGGCGUGCAGGUGUACAGUGUGCCCUUGGUUGGCGUGUGGGUGCGUGGCGUCCGUGGGACUGAUCACCCGGCCGUGUACACAGCCGCGCUCCAGUUUGCGUAUGGCUCCACGCUACCGGAUCGCGCCGUGCAGUCAGACGGUGCCUUCCUGCUGCUUAUUUUUACCGGUGAGAGUCCGGUUGCGCGCUGUUAUGAAGCGCGCUUCACAGACCCGUCUGCUCAGCCGCAGCUUCAGGCGCACGGCCGGGAGACCAGGAGUGAAUGUUUUAGCCCCGCCGGCGGUCCAAACUCUACCGGUGGGGCCGCAGCUAAUGGCAGUGGCUGCAGCGGCUUUGGUGGCAGCGGCCUCAGAGUUCUCCCGUACUUGGUGAAAGCUGAAUUGACAGGGCAAAGCGCCGCGCCUUUGGAGCUCAGACCGGUGCUGGACACAGUGACGGCAGCGGCGGCGGGCCCACGCCUAACACUCCCGCACGGCCGCGGGCCCGCGGGCCAGACGCAGCAACCGUCAGGGCAAGCACGUGGAAGCGUAUCCACUCUGGAAGCAGCGGGGACGCCACGCGCUGGCUUGGACGGCACACCAUCCGGCUGCAGGCCGGUUUCAGCACCUGUGCCGGGGUCCGCCAGUCGAUAUGAUGCCUUCAGCAUAUUUCAGUUGAGGGGCAGUGGAAGCAAAUUAAUGACUAGUCCCAGCAAGGCCAUGAAGAUUUUGACGGGAGAGGGUGAGGCAGCAUACGGCGAAGCUGGAGCCGUUGGCUGCGGUAUGAGAGGUGGCGAGAAGUGGGGCCUGGGGAAUGCUACCGGGGUAAGGAUGCCAGUGGCAGCGCCCGCGCACGGCUUGAACGGUGGCGUGCGAUACGGCGCCCGCGGACCGGCUGCACCUCCAGUCUGUGACGCGCCUGGAUUAGGACUUGCCCCGGGCGCGGGGACUCUGCGGGACUCGCCUCCGGUACCCCGGAGCUCGGCAGCGCCCACACCGUUUAGGACGGCCCCGGGCCCUACUGUCGAAUCCGGGCGAUCAUCUGGGGUUGUCCGCCUCAUAGCAGCUUCCGUGAAAGGCGGCGGCGGCAGCAGCUCUGAAGGAGGCGAUAUGCUGGGUCUGCCAAGGGACCCCAGGCUGCAGUAUCGCGCGGCCGCUGUGGAGGCACCUGGAGAGCGCUCCGCUGCCGCAGUCAGCCGCAGAGCGUUCGAGGGAAGCACUUGGACGCCCUCCUCGAGAGUCCCAGCACCCUCAUCAGUUCCUCUAGCAGCAGGGGGAAGUUUACCGGUGUUGCCAGCGGUGCGGGUUUCUGCUGCUGGCGUGACCAGCGGGGCGUCCUCACUGUCACGGACCGGCUCCACCGAGUGGACCGAUGCUGCGAGUGGGGUUAUGGGCACGCCCGCAGCGCCGAUAUCUGGGCGCGAUUCGCAAUUUCUUGCGGCCACGCCUGGCCAGCCGCACGAGCCGACAUGGCCUCACACUCAGCUCCAGCAGCAGCCCUAUGCCACUGGCGAGGAAGCCAUGACUGCAUCGACCGUGUGUGGCGUCACAGCAUGGAGGAUGACUGGCAUGGUCGCAAAUGGUGCUCGAGGCUUCAACACUGCCCGCCAGGCUGCGUGCGCUACCGCGCCGAUGGCUGAGGCCCCAGUUGCAGCACAGCAGCACCCUUGCGGCCCUGUUAGCACUGGGAAAGGGCUGGGUCAGCAGCCCUGGGUUGCAGCAUCCUUCGGCCCUGAGAUGGCCAGUACUGUCGGCGCGGACGUUACGGGCACCUGCAGUGGGACCUGGUGCGCAAACCAAGCAGCUGCUGAUAGUGCCGGGGGACCCCCUACCGAGAAGCGUGUGGCUGCGGCUGCUAGCCAAAGCCUAGACCGAUGGCUGCAGUCCAGUGUCCAGGUCACUGGGUAUGACCGCGGCUCGGCAAUGCACACGACGGGGACAGUGGUCACAACCUCAGUAGCUGCUACGUCGGACACUUCCGCGGUUGGUCCUGCCACAGCGGCGGGAAAUCGAGGUUCCUAUGAUAGCGGCUAUCUUGGGACUGAUCGGCAGCCUACCACGGCAUCCACAACCAACCUUGAGCACCCCGCCGCAGGAGCACCCCAGGCACAGCCGUUACAACGCCCAGCGUCUGCAGACCCGCACACGCGUCAGGAGUCCAGCCUCUCACUACAGCGUCCACCUCAGCAGCAUCCGCUCACACAGACCCAGAAGCAACCACCCGGCGAAUUAGCAAGGGGCCAUGGACUGCACCGGGUCUCAGCUGCAAUGCCGGACCCGUAUCGCCUGCAGGAACCGCCCAGACGCCCCGAUACGCAGGACAGCCGCGGUGAGCUCCGAGGACAGGAACUCCCUCAUAACCUACAUUCCGUGCAACAACCCGUACCACAUGCUUUCCAACAACUGCAUCUCUAUCAGCUCCCGCAGGAGCAUACCGAGCAGCCUCCACAGCAGCUGCCCCUGCAGCAUACGCAGCCACAAUCCUCUGACCGUUGGAGCGAUGAGCAACUUCAGCAGCGCAGGCCGACGAGCCAAGCAGUGCUUGCCGACUGCGGGGAAGCCGUGGAGUUGUCAGCGCCUGAUGGGGAGGGGAGUGACGAUCUGCCUAUGGACCCGGUGCUACUGAAGCGAGAGGUGCUGCAGCUGCGGAGACAGGUCGCUAGCCUUCAGCAGAAGCUUCGCAGUGUAGCCUGCACCGCAUGCCAGCGGCUCCUGAUUACUAGCGGACAAGAAAACAGCACCAGCAGUGUGCGGGCCAUUAACCCGGAGGCGACGUGCCGACUUGCUGCCGUGGCUGUUACCUCAACUACAACUUAUGGGCUGCGCCAAGCUAGCCGGCAAGCCGAAUUAUACGAUGCAAAGUGCGAUGGCAUGGUCUCAGGUGGCUGUGAGAGCUCGUCCAAUGGCCUAACGUGUAAGCGUCAGGAGCAUGUUGCGAAUCAGCAGCCGGGUGACGGGACUCCGAAGAGCUCUCGCAACAGUACAGCAUGUGCAGCCAGCGCCAGCGUGAAGACACCAGGUAAGUUACGGCCCAGCAUUGCCACCACAGCUGGGUCAGCAUCGACGGAGGCACGGCCAUCCGGUAUGGCAGCUACGCUGGCUUGCUCGGGUGGAGGAGUUGAAUACGCGGCACCUACUGAUGCCAGCGCCAUCCCGAAUGAUCCUUGGGUGCGACAGCCGGCAGCCGCAGCCGCAGCCGCAGCCACAGCUUCUUCCGUAGAACGGGUGGACCGCAUGUCGGUGUUUUCGGAGGCUUCCGACCGUGCCAGCGUGUGGAGCAUGGCGUCACUCCAAAGCUCUAUCCUCUCCUACCACUCAAGCACCUCACGGAUCUCUGCGGACGACAUUAGCCGUGGCAACAACGGCUUCAGCUCUAGCGGGGGAGGCUCCAUCCAGUCCGGCAGCCAUACGAUCCUUCGGCAGGACACAUGCAGUGAGCCAUUGCUGCAAUGCAAGGGUGCGAAUCAGAGCAGCGGCGGCGUCAGCAGUGGCUCAGGGAGGGAUGAUGCAGUCGCGCAAGGUGGCGGCCACGCGCUGCCAGCGCAUCAGGCGUUUUCAACGGCCCAGCCGCACGAACGACUGCUGUUAAACCUUAACAGCAGGGUGUGUGCAGCGCAGGCACCUCAAAUUGAAGCUACACCUUCUGUUCAAUCUGGAUGCGGUGCUGCUGCUGCAAGUGCGUCUGGGGGUCGCUCAGCAGGCCAUCUGGGGAACGGAGACAGUGCAGGGCUUGAGGUUGCGGAUCGUUUGUCUUCACCUUUCCAGCCGAACACAACGAUCCGUGCGAGUGCAGACUAUCAGCGUUUGGAAUGCAAGCCGCGGCUUUGUGAGCGAGCUUCUGGCGGGGUCGUCAGCCGGGGUCAACGAAGGCCGCGACGGACCAGUAGCGACAGCGACGACCUUAGUGACCACUCCAUGGUUUCAGAAGCUGAUGACGUAGCCAGACCUGUACGGCCAUCCGUUCCCCACUCCUGGAGAGCCGAGUUCCCAACUGCGCUGGAUCGCGCGGAUCACUGCAAUGCGCUACCCGGUAACGCAGCAGGUGCCAACCACACAUCCAUAUCCAGCUCCAGCGGAUGGUCUGAUAACCAGCCUCGCGUGAUUACAGCGCCGCCACCACAAGUUUCCUCGGGGCCAACAUCUGCGGCGGUAUCGAUUGGGCCCGUGAUCCGCACCAAAUACGUCCCGCUAGAUAAUGACAGUGACAGCAGUGACUCAGAGUCGGAUGGGCUGCUAGAGCAAAAGUACGGGAUACGGCGUACGGAAUUGUGA